AUGACGGGCAAAGACAUGCUCAGCGAGUCCCUCAAGGGCCGCUGCCUCUUUGCCAUACCCAAGAAAGGACGGUUGUACGAAAAGUGUCUAGAGCUCUUAGCAGGCGCAGAUAUCCAGUUCACUCGCUCGCACCGGCUCGACGUUGCCCUCGUCAGGAACCACAACGUUGCUCUGAUCUUCCUUCCGGCAGCAGAUAUACCCCGUUUCGUAGGAGAAGGCAAUGUCGACCUGGCCAUCACCGGUCAGGAUAUGGUGGCAGAGGCAGACAUGGGCUCUCUCGUUGAUGAAGUCUUGCCGCUCGGCUUCGGCAAGUGCAAGCUGCAAGUACAAGCACCCGAAGACGGUCCCAUCAAGACCGUAGAAGAUCUCGUGGGUCGCAAAGUCGUUACGAGCUUCGAAAUCGUCGCAGGCAAAUACUUUGCAAAGUUGGAUGUACAGCAUGGACGCGUCGGAAAGGACGAGCCACCGAGUCAAGGGCGAGGAGGCAAAGGGACAGAGAUAGAAUACAUUGGUGGCAGUGUAGAGGCUGCCUGUGCUCUCGGGCUCGCAGAUGGCAUCGUCGAUCUUGUAGAGUCGGGCGACACCAUGCGCGCAGCCGGUCUACGCGCGAUAGCGACAAUCUUGCAAUCAGAGGCUGUGCUGAUCAAGUCGACACGGGCAGCACCGGAGAAUCAGUCAGUCAUUGACCUCAUCACGCAGAGAAUAGCAGGCGUCAUCGCUGCAAAUCGCUACGUGCUCUGCAAUUACAACAUGCCUCGCGCCAAGCUCGCUCAUGCAACCAGUAUCACCCCUGGGCGAAGAGCAGCCACGAUCACUCCGCUAGACGAUCCAGAAUGGUGCGCAGUGAGCGCGAUGGUCGUCAAGAGCACGAUUGCAGAGACGAUGGAUAGAUUACAAGCUGCCGGCGCUUCCGAUAUCCUCGUCAUCGGUCUUACAAAUUGUCGUGUAUGA